AUGGCGACACGUACGCUUCCACCCCCACGAAACCCUCUAUCCAACAUCCGUCUCUACGAUAAUGGAGGAAAUCUCCUCGCUGCGCUCGUGAUUCCGGAGGAUACUGCGGCAAGAUACAUCACGCCAGGGAUGCUUUACCGCUACUGUUCCUGGAUCUUCAUUGUCCCUCAGAACAGCACAUGGGAUAUCUAUCAUCUAGGUCAGGAUGGAAUCACUCCGGGCGCAAAGCUACGAAGAGAUGGGCACACCAAAGUCUCCCAGGGCAACUAUAUUGUCCUGGACGCAGUCCGGGGCAACGUGCAAGUUGCCCUGACCGAUAUGCGCGCUCCACGUCGUGUUGUCACUAGAACCAGAAGCACUGGAUCGGAAAGGGACCCACUGCAACGAAAUUUUCGCGAAUCACUGAGAGAAAGGGACCAGGCGUGCGUGAUGUCGGGUCUUAAGAAGCGGCCUGAGAGAGAAAAGCCAUUUAGUCGCCUCAAAGCCGCCCAUAUAUUCCCCAUAAGCCGUGUGAGUGAGUGGGAGCGUGGGAAUUAUCAGCACUUCAUCAGCGAUACCAGCCCUGCCCAUGAGAUUGGUGAAACUAAGCUAUACUCACCUCAAAACGGACUUCUCCUGAGGACCGACAUCCAUGAGGAGUUCGAUGACUUCUCCAUUGGUGUAGACCCAGACGACGACUACAGAAUCAUAUGUUUCCAAGUCGAUGAUCUUGGGUUAGGGGGUCAGCGUCUGGCGAUUUCUGGCAGGUGUUCCACGAAUGAGGCUCGACAUGCCAGUCCAGAUCUUUUAAAGUGGCACCUAAUGCAGUGCGUUUACAAGAACAUGAAAGCUAAUGCGGAGCCAGAGGAGGUCUGGGAGGAGGAUCUCGGAAGUAACGAUAUGGGCCAGAUUCUAGAGCAACCCGAUGCGGGGGAAAGGAUGGAGGUUGAGCUAUUAACACGCCUGGGAGGCUUGGUGGCAUAG